AUUUUAUUAUGUAUAACUACUUCAUUUUCAGGUUUUAUCUUUGGUUGGGAUGUCGGUACGAUUGGUGGUAUUUCCAACAUGGCCUCCUUCCGUAAUUGCUUUGCACCAUUGGAUGCGACAAAUGGGACUCAUGUUUUUUCAUCAAUUGUUGUUGGAUUAAUCAUUAGUGUUUUCAAUGCAGGUUGUGCAAUUGGUGGGUUAACAAUUCCAAAAAUUUGUGAUUCCAAGGGGAGAAGAUUUGGUAUUUUCAUUAGUAUUUUGAUUUAUUUGGUUGGGAAUGUUAUCCAAUUGACUAGUGUUUUGAGUGGUUCUUGGGUUCAAGUUUUAAUUGGAAGAAUUAUUACAGGUUUGGCUAUUGGGUCCACUUCAGUUUUAACUCCAAUGUUUAUUAGUGAAUCUUCACCAUUGAAGAUUAGAGGUGCCAUGGUUGUUUUCUAUCAAUUAAUGAUUACUUUGGGUAUUUUGUUGGGUAAUGUUGUUAAUUUUGCAUCAAAGGCUAGUUAUGAAGGUUUAAAUACUGAAUGGAUGAUUCCAAUUGCAUUAUGUUUUGUUUGGAGUUUUAUGAUUUUGGUUGGUUUAGUUUUCAUGCCAGAAUCUCCAGUUUUCUUGAUUUCUAUUGGUGAUCGUGAAGGUGCUAUUAAAUCAGUUGCUAAAUUGAAUAACCUUUCAGUUAAUAAUGCAUUAGUUUUAAGAAUAGUUGCUGAUAUUGUUGAUACUUCAAAUAGAAUUAAACAAGAUAUUGGAGAUGUUAAAUGGAAUGAAUUUUUAAUUGGUAAACCAAGAUUAUUUUUAAGAUUAGUUAUUGGUAUGAUUAUUAUGUUUUUCCAACAAUUUUCAGGUGCAAAUUAUUUUUUCUAUUAUGGUACUACGUUAUUUAAUUCAGUUGGUCUAGAGGAUUCUUAUGUUACUGCAAUUAUCUUGGCUGCUGUUAAUUUCUUGUCAACAUUUGGAGGUGUUUAUUUUGUUGAAAGAUUUGGUCGUAAAUUUUGUUUAUUGGUUGGUUCUAUUGGUAUGUUUACAUGUAUGGUUAUUUAUUCAUCAUUGGGUUCAUUUGCCCUUUUAGAUCAAGUUUCAGGUUUGGAAAAGACUUCAGUUGGUGCUGUGAUGAUUUUAUUUACAUGUGUUUACAUUUUCUUUUUCGCCACUACUUGGGGACCAGUUUCAUUUGUUGUUGUUAGUGAAUUGUAUCCAGUUAGAGUUCGUGCUACAUCAAUGUCUAUUGCCACUUCAAUCAAUUGGUUUUCAAAUUUUCUGAUUUCAUUAUUUACACCUUUUAUUACUAAAGCUAUUGGGUUUAAAUAUGGAUAUGUCUUUGUUGGAUGUUUAUUUGUGAGUGCAUUGUUUGUUGGAUUCUUUGUUCCAGAGACUAAAGGUUUGAAUAUUGAUCAAAUUGAUGCCUUGUAUUCU